AUGCAGUCGGGACUGUUGCGCCGAGACGAGUUCGAGCUGCAUUCGUGCGAAACAGACCUACUACUCACUGUAACAGUCAGUAGUGCGUCAGGUGAACUGGCAAAAAGAGGACUAGCCUGCGAUCCACGAGCUCGUGUGACACGAGCGGGCCGGCCGCAAGUGGGCGGUUCGAGUCCCGCGGUUGGUGUCGAUGAGGAGUGCAUCUGGUGA